AGACCCUUCUUAUUGAAUAGCCAAAUUCAAUAAAUCAUGGCAAACCAUUUUAAAGCUGGAGCCUUUAUCUACAUUCUUCUUAUUCUCAAUCUGUUUGAAAUUUCAGUAGCUUCUGUUGUCUCCACGGGUGAUUUUAACCAGGAUUUCUUUGUAAUUUGGUCUCCUAGCCAUGUUAAUACUUCUGCAGAUGGCCAGGAAAGAAGCCUCACGCUUGACCAAGAAUCUGGGGCUGGUUUUGCAUCAAACCAGAUGUUCUUGUUUGGACAAAUAGACAUGCAAAUUAAACUAAUUCCAGGGUAUUCAGCUGGCACAGUUGUGGCAUAUUAUUUGUCAUCAGAUCAACCUAACAGAGAUGAAAUAGACUUUGAAUUCCUUGGAAAUGUGAUUGGAGAGCCUUACAUCCUACAAACAAAUAUUUAUGCUGAUGGGCUUGACAAUAGGGAAGAAAGAAUUUAUCUUUGGUUUGAUCCCACCAAGGACUUCCACACUUAUUCCAUUUUGUGGAACCUUCAUCAAAUUGUGUUUAUGGUGGAUUCAAUACCAAUUAGGGUAUACAGAAACCAUGCUGACAAGGGAGUGGCAUAUCCUAGGUGGCAGCCAAUGAGCAUCAAAGCCACCCUAUGGAAUGGGGACAGCUGGGCAACACAUGGUGGACGCGACAAAAUUGAUUGGUCCAAGGGUCCCUUCAUAGCUUCCUUUAGAAACUAUAAGAUUGAUGCUUGUGUUUGGAAUGGGAAUCCAAGAUUUUGUACGGCAGAGAGCUCUUCCAAUUGGUGGAACAAAGACAGCUUCAGCACCCUAACAAGGGUACAAAAGACGUGGUACAAAUGGGUCAGAAAGUACCACAUGAUAUAUGACUAUUGCCAAGAUAACAAGAGAUUUCAUAACAAUCUUCCAAAGGAGUGUUCUCUUCCCAGGUAUUAAAAUUAAUUAAAAUAGGAUCCAGAUUUGGUUCAGUUUCUCCUACUACUUGUGAUGAGAGGCAGUCGGAACAUGCAAACACUUUCUUACUUGUGAUUUGUCACUAGAUUAAUUGUUUUUUCUUUUUGUUUAAAAAUGUAUUUUCGUUUAUUCACUUUCAAAUUCAAUUGUCGACCACAUGUUUAACGGUCUAGCUCUUUUUUCCACUGUAUUGGUUUGAUAAUACGCAUAAGGAAAUAAUUCUAUCAUUUUAAA